CCGCCUCCCAGACCAGGGUUCUUUCCCCACCACUCCUCGGCAACCUUGAUUGGCGCUGGGGGUCUCGGUUUCCUUUACUUCACCCGCAUUCCGUUUGCCAACCCAGCCCAGAGACGUGGGCGGCUGGCUGGUAGCAGGUGCCUUGCAAGGUGCAGGUGCGGCGGCUGAGGCCGAGCUGCGCUUUAGGCCCCCGCGACCAUAGAGUCCGGAAGUGCAGCUAGAACAGCUCCCGGGGGCGCAGCACCGGCUGAGCCCCGGACUGCAAGGGCCGCGCCCGGGCCGGCGGAAUGGCUGCAGUGCUGGCCAUCAGGGUGGUUGCGGGACUGGCGGCAGCCGCGCUGGCGGCCGUGCUCUUGGAGCACUAUGGGUUGGCGGGUCAGCCCUCACCGCUGCCGCAGCCCCGCGCCUCCAGGAGCCCGCACCCCGCGCCGGGCCCCGGAGCCGGCAACAUCUUCUGGGGUCUGCAGAUAUCCGACAUUCACCUGAGCAGGUUUCGUGAUCCAGGCAGAGCUGUAGACUUAGAGAAGUUCUGUUCAGAAACUAUUCGCAUCAUUCAACCAGCUCUCGUCCUGGCAACAGGUAGGGAGGGUUGCCGUGCUGUCGCGUUUUUCUAUGGUCCGGAUGGUAGAAUGCUAGCCAGGGCUGCAGCUUUUCACAUGGGGAAUGUUGGGAACACUAUAGCCCCAGACCCAGGAGACCUGACUGAUGCCAAAACAAAGGAACACUUGGGAUCCAGGCAGCAUGAGGUAGAAUGGCAAACUUACCAGGGUAUUCUGAAGAAGACAAGGGUCAUGGAAAAAACCAAGUGGCUUGAUGUUAAAGGAAAUCAUGAUGCAUUCAACAUUCCAAGUCUGGACAGUGUCGAGAAUUAUUACAGGAAAUAUUCUGCUGUACGUAAGGAUGGCUCUUUCCAUUAUGUCCACAGUACUCCCUUUGGAAACUAUUCUUUCAUCUCUUUGGAUGCCACCCCAAAUCCAGGGCCUAAGAGACCCUAUAAUUUCUUUGGAAUUUUAGAUGAGAAGCAGAUGGAGGAACUUCUCCUACUGGCCAAGGAAAGUAGUCAGAGCAACCACAGUAUUUGGUUUGGACACUAUACAACAUCCACUAUCCUUUCUCCAUCACCUGGAAUUCGGUCUAUAAUGAGUUCAGCUACAGCAUAUUUGUGUGGGCACCUGCACACUCUCGGUGGACUCAUGCCUGUUUUGCACACGCGUCACCUCCAGGGCACUUUGGAACUUGAGGUGGGAGACUGGAAAGAGAACAGAAGGUACCGAAUCUUUGCUUUUGACCAUGACCUCUUUAGCUUUGCAGAUUUGGUCUUUGGCGAGUGGCCUGUGGUUCUUAUCACUAAUCCUAAGUCACUCUUAUAUAGUUGUGCUAGACAUGAACCACUAGAAAGACUCCUUCAUUCAACACACAUCAGGAACCACCAUACUGUUUUCCAUAGCGGCUGUACCAUUUUACAUUACCACGAGCAGUGCAUAAGAGUCUUGGCCUUUUCCUUGACCUCCAUUACUUCUGUCACAGUUAAGAUUGAUGGAGUUCAUUUAGGGCAAGCUAUUCAUUUGUCUGGUCCUAUUUUCAUACUGAAGUGGAACCCACGAAACUACAGUAACAGGACACAUAACAUAGAAGUAAUUGUCCAGGAUUCUGCUGGAAGAAGUAAGAGUGUUCACCACCUAUUUUCUGUUCAAGAGGAUAUUCACCUCAGAUUUGAUCCCCUGGCAUCAUUUAUUCUUCUUACCGACCAUUGCAUCGUGGCCCGGGUCCUUUUUGUGAUAAUUGUGCUGAUCCAGCUCACUGUUCUCAUUACUUUUAGGCACCGAGGAUAUCCAGAGCAUAAAGGGUCUCCAGGAUUUAUAAAUUUGACUUCCUUUUCUCUCUACGUCCUGAGCAAACUAAACAUCUUCUACUAUUCUGUGUUGUUGCUAACCCUGUAUACAGCACUAGGACCAUGGUUUGUUGGUGAGAUUACCAAAGGCAAAUUGGGUUGCUGCUUUUCCUUUGGGAUGUUUGUUGAUGGACAUUUCCUACAAGGCAGCCUAACAUUUGUAGUUGGCAUUCUGCAGCUGGCAUUUUUUAACAUACCCUUGAUGGCUUACCUGUGUUGGAGCUUGCUGCAGCGGUGCUUUGGUCACAACUUCCGGUCUCAUCUCCAUCAAGGAAAAUACUUGAAAGUUAUACCUGUUCACCUACUUAUGUUACUGCUAUACAUCUGGCAGAUCUAUUCCUGCUACUUUCUUCAUAUGACAUAUGGUGCUCUAGCUUUUUUCUUCUCCCCUUUGCGGACCUGGUUAACACUGUUGACACCUGUUAUCAUUCGUUGCGUGUGGACUCUGAACUCUACUGAGCUUGGAACCUUCAUAGCACAGUUAAAAAGCCACUUGAGCUCCUGAAGGUCUUGUGUCACCAUCCGCCUCUGUAGCCCAGGCUUCUGCCCCAGCAGCAGGUGGAAGGCCAGUGCUGGGGGCAAGCUUCAGGAAGCUGCUACAACCUGGACAUCUGGGAGUUGGGGGGAUUACUCACUACUGAUUCCUGCAGAAUGGACUACAGAAAAAUCUAAAUAAUGCCAUGAUUCCUUCCUUUGCCAGGAAGGCAGGGGAUUGAUUUACUUUUGUGAAAAAGUUCUAAUCAGGAGAUCCACAGGGCAGGGUCUGGGUGUGUGUAUGGGAGUAUCAGAAGCCCACUGUAUUUUUUAUGGUUACCUCAUGUAAAGUACCUAGCACAGUGUGUGGAACUCAGCAGCCGGCAAGGGAGCCACUAGAGGGGUAGGUAAGCGGUAGGAACUUGGGCCCUCCCCUGACUACCCUUGAGAUAUUAGCUCCAAGUCUUCUUUUACCUCGGGGUUAUGGGCUCUCGGCUUCUUUAGGUGGGGGUGCUUUCAGCUAAUCAAAUAAAAGAGUAAUGAUUAAAAACCGCGA